CCAUGAUAACAUGGUUAUAAAUAACAAGAAAACAGGCCUCGGUGGCGUCACUUGUAUGGAAAAGCCUUGUUGUAGUUUUCUAUGCUGAACUGAGGAAGUGUUUCUUUGCUUAUCAAAUCAAUUUGGACUCUAAGUGCUGAGAAGAAAUCUUUUGCUCCAAGCUGUGAGAAUCUGAAAACUUUCCAACUGAGUAAACAAAUCAUUUUGUGUUUCUUACAGGUUCAAGUGGUUUCUGUGUGAUUCCUCCCAGUCUAAAGUUUAAAGCCGGGGUAGACUGAAGAUGUUUGGGAACAGUGCCCCCUUCUCCUAUUUCCCAAAGGGCUUCACAUCGGAGGACCUCCCUCCGAGGCGGGCUUUCCAACAAGAUGAAACUAGGGAGAGUCCGCUGAGGAGAAGUGACUCAACCAGACCCAGUGGAAGAUCUAUUUACAUGCAGAGAAAGGAGUACUCAGAGACACUGAGCAAAAAUCCUGACAACAUCAAUGUCAGAGUGGAGCAUCUUUUCAUCUGUGAGAUUGAUGGCCUGGAGGUGAAGACCGUGGACGACUGCGUGGCUAAGCUUAAGAACCUGAAUGCCAAAGGUCGUCUGUGGCCUCAGGAGAUGAUCAUGGAGGUUCAGGGACCAUAUCUUCUGCUCAAUGACAUUGAGACCAAAACAGAACUGGACUCGGUACCUUUGAGCUGUAUCGUGCAAAUCAAAGCUGUGCUGGACAGCUGCGACUUCAACUCUCUGCUGGCGAUAACUGUGCAGGAACGCAGCAAACGCAACCCCCGGUGCUUCAUGUUCCAGUGUGAGGAGACUGGGGCCGAUCUGAUCAAGAGCGACCUGGAUAAGGCAGUCCAAAGAGGAGGUAGUAAUCUGGACCAACACAGAGAGCCUCCGGAUGUCAGGAAUGAAUUUGAACCCAUGACACAACAUAGGCCGGGAAGUUUCCGUCAGACUGCGCCCCCCUCUAUGCAGGAAGAGUGGAGAGCUCCAACCCCAGACUUCAUGGCCCCAUCGUGGCGAGAGCCGGAUCGUAUGCCUUCCUCACGUCCCUAUAGUCCACAACUAGAACCAAUGAACCAUUUAGACCCGUAUGACAUGCAGAGCAACCCAGAGAUGGACCGUGAUAAGACGCAGAGGAACACGGACAUUUUGAACCAUGUUCUAAAUGAUCUGGAAAUCUUCGUGGGCAAAGUUUCAACUGCAGUAAACACACCUGGACAGCAGGGGGACAUGGGCAAGAAGAAGAAGACGAAGAAGAAAAGCAAGAAAAAUGAGCCCUCGGGACCACCCCUCUUUCUGCCUUCUUUGGAUGAAUAUGCCUUCUCUCUUCAGAAAGUCAAAUAUGGAUUCAAUCUGCUGGCCCAACUGGACGGCAUACUGGUCAAUCCUUCUGCUCCUGAGUUUGUCCACGUGCUCUUCUCGAUUUUAAACAUGAUAGUUCCUCAGUAUCCGUUUGACCUGCCUCCCAAUGUGAUCUCCCCCUUGCUGACAGACCCCGCUAUAGGCCUGCUAAAGCAAAAUGUCAGCCAGGAGGAGAACCAGCUGUGGAUGUCUCUGGGAGAGUGUUGGAACAUCCCCAGGUCUCGAUGGCCGGACAAUAACAUCCCAGAUUACAUCCCAGAGUUCUAUGAUGGCUGGCAGCCCCCUCCGCCCCCUCCUGUACCAUCCCCGUCGCCUUUCCAGAACGGUCCAAUCAGCAGAAGCAACAGCCAACGCUUCCCAGGCAGACCGACGCUGCGGCAGCCAGACGAGCCUAUGGGCAACAAUCCAUGGGGUCCAUCACCUCCACCAGCACCCUCCAAUGAACCACCCCAGGGCAUGCGUGUCAUUCACAACUUCAUGGCCAGAAACAACCAAGAGCUGAGUGUUAUGAAGGGUGAGGUGGUUGAGGUGAUCCAGAAAGCAAAGCAGUGGUGGCUUGUUCGUAACGCGCGUAACCAGGAAGGACAUAUUCCUCUGAAUGUUUUGGAGUCGUUAGGGAACCCCGGACACAUGGACGAUCUACCGUCUUCCUUCCAGCGAGAUCCUCGCGGCCCUGUCACCCUGGACAGGUCCUCCUCACCUGCAGAGGUGCAAGCCUGGCUUGAGUACAAAGGCUUCUCCAAAAUCACUGUCAGGAGCCUCGGGGUGCUGAGUGGACAACAGCUUCUGGGAAUGAAUAAACAAGAAAUAAGGACUGUGUGUCCAGAGGAGGGAGGCAAAGUCUUCUUCCAGCUGCAGGCUGUUAAGUCAGCAAUUGCACUGGCCAGUGAACCGUCAGGCAUGUACAACGGCCGCUACUAACGACCUGCGUCACUGCGCCGGCCCUUCAGAUGUUUCUCAUGUGUGCAAUUAAGGUUGU